AUGGUGCGGCCGGCCCCCAAGAAAAAGCCCGGGUCCAAGCCCAAACCUAACCGACCUUCUCCGGUUUCUAACAUCACCAAAAUUGGCUCUUUAAACAGAUACGCAGACAAAGAGUAUGCCAACGACCUCCUUCAUCAAGUUGCCCGCUUGGUGGCUCCUAUAAUACAUGAGAAUAACUUCAAGGUAGGAACGUUGUGUGAAAUGUUUCCAAAAGACGCGAAUCUCCUCGGUUUGAAUGUGAAUCGAGGUCAGAAGAUUUUAAUCAGACUUCGCUACCACUCCAACGAUAGACUGUUUUACCCCAUGGGGGACAUUAUUGGCACCUUUUUACAUGAGCUUACCCAUAACCUCUACAGCGCACAUGACGAUAAGUUCUAUAAGUUUCUUGACGGGUUGAAGAAACGUUUUGAGGACAUACAAUACGGUGGAGCCUCCACUACUUAUCGCUGCGAAGAAGAAACAUUAGGAACAAAGUACAACGCUUUUGGUGGAUAUAUGUCUGAACGUGAAAAACGUAUACGUGCGUUGUCGAAACCCAAGUAUAAGACUGAACUGCGCAAGUUGGGCACUUCCGGCGGUGGAAUCUCUAAGGUGGUGGCUGAUCCAAGACAAUUGCGGCAGAUGAUUCUUGCUGCUGCAGAAAGACGUAUGAAAGACAAUAAGUGGUGUAACCAUAACUCUGAUAUCACGGAAAUAGAGCCUACAAAUGAAGAACUUGAUAUUAUUGAAAUUGAA